AUGGAGGUGAAGAAUCAGACCAAGGUGGAGGAGUUCAUCUUCCUGGGCUUCUCAGGUGUCCCACAUGGCCAGAUUUACCUCUUUGUCGUGUUCCUAGCAAUUUACUUGGUCACCGUUCUUGGAAACACCAUGAUACUCACCUUGAUCCAGCUGGAUUCACGCCUCCACAGCCCCAUGUACUUUUUCCUCAGCCAUUUAUCCUGCUUGGACCUCUGCUACUCAACCGUCACCGUCCCCAAGAUCCUGACCAACUUUCUGCGACAGAGGCACACCAUUUCCUACAACCAGUGCAUGGCCCAGAUGUUCUUCCUGAUGACCUUUGCGGGAUCCGAGUGUGCCCUGCUAGCCGUCAUGGCCUACGACCGCUAUGCAGCCAUUUGCCAACCUCUGCAUUAUGGCAGCCUGAUGAGCAGCCAGGUGCGAAUCCCGCUGGCCAUCGCUUCUUGGAUCUGGGGCUUCCUGGACUCGGCCAUCCACACCACUUUGGCUACCCACUUGUCCUUCUGUGGGGCCAACCAGAUCGACCACAUCUUCUGCGAUGUCCCGCCUCUCCUAAAGAUUGCCUGCAGCGACACCUACGCCAACGAGAUAACCCUCCAUUUGGCCUCCAUCUUCAUGGGCCUGAGUCCCUUCUUGCUCAUCCUCCUCUCGUACGUCUACAUCCUCUCCGCCAUCUUGCAGAUCCGCUCAAAUACUGGCAGGCACAAGGCCUUCUCCACAUGCGCUGCUCAUAUGAUCGUUGUCACCGUCUACUUUGGCAUGGCCAACGUGAACUACAACCGCCCCAGCGCAGGCUACUCCUUGGAGGUUGACACCCUGAUCUCCACACUUUAUUGCAUCAUCACCCCGAUGCUGAACCCCCUCAUCUACAGCCUCCGCAACACGGAGGUGAAAGAAGCCCUGAAGAAGGUUCUCGGGGGGCAGAAGAAGGAAUACACUUCUACACAGAGAAAUUGCAACGAAAGCGUCCCUUGGGUCCCUCCUGGGCAUAACUCCUCUCUCCCUGCCCAGAGUCUGCUAGUUGGAGGCAAUGCAGAGGGAGCCCCCAGGCUCAUCCGUGGCUCAUCUGGGAAGCAGGGAUCUGCCUUCAAGAGCCCCCCGACCAGGCCCUCCCUUGCCCCUCGGAUGCCAGCUUGCUCUGGCCCCGUGAAACUGGAGCAGACAGAUGCAGGGAAAGGCUGGUACAGAAGAAGCCAGAGGUUGAAGGGGAAGGAGGACCUGGAGCUGAACAUUCCUGAUGGGCAGAAUCCAACGCCCAGCCUCACUGGGCUCCCAGGUCAGUAG